CUCCCCCCAUGCAGCAUCACUUCACUAGCAGCCGCCGGCGGAGAAGAGCAAGGGAGACAGGCGGAGAGGAGCAUCUGACAGCCGGGAGAAUACAUUUUCCAAAAGAUCAAAAAAAAAAAUUAUGCGCCUGUGCAUUUGCAGGUAGCCUGCUAUCAUUUCAGAAAUUAAAACCGAAUCAUAUUUUCUGAUUCUUUUUUCGAAACAAGAGAGCGGUGUGUAGAAGACGAAGAAGGGAAUGCUAGAGUGUUGCACGGGAGCGAGAAGAGGAGGAAAUGGUGAAAAAAUAUCAGGGCAGUUGGUGAAAACGGAGAUGAUUUGCUUCACAACAGAGUGAACCCCCCGACAAACGUGUUCAAGAAAGGCGCUUGGAGGAGUUCAUAAUACAUUAGAGUUAAAAAAAAAAAAAAACGACGUUGUAGCAAUUUUCGUUAUUGAAGAAUCCUGCUGUCAAAAAAAGACUGCGAGGAAAAUCUACAGCCAGCGAUCGUUCAUUAACCCCCGCCCUGCUAAUCUGGACCCGAUCUCCGGAUUGAAGGUUCACUGAUUACUUGGAACUCAUCGCGCACGGCCACCAGCCGCUACAACUGGGUGUGCGGUGAAGCUCCGUCAAUCUGGAUCGAACAAGCGCGCUGACUUUCCUCCUGCUUAUUUGAACCCAAGUCCGAUCAUUUCACUGAACUAACUACUGCCAGGGGCACUUUUCUUCAGAAUUUCGAUCAUCUCUUUUUUGGAAGAAGCCAACUACCCUUAGCAAAAUGAAUUACCUGCGCCGCCGCCUGUCUGACAGUAAUUUCAUGUCCAACCUGCCGAAUGGCUACAUGAGCGACCUGCAGAGGCCAGAUCCCCCUCAACCUAGUCCAGCCGUGUCUCCCGCCCCCCCCGAGCGCCGCCAGUCUACCAGCCAGUCCGGUGGUGGAGGCUUCUUCUCCUCCAUCUCGAAUGCCGUGAAGCAGACCACCGCCGCGGCAGCUGCCACCUUCAGCGAAGCCACCUCUGGCAGCAGCGGGGCGUCCCGUGCCAAAAUCCUGCUGGUCGUGGACGAUCAGAGCACCGACUGGGCCAAGUUCUUCAGGGGAAAGAAGGUGAAUGGGGAAUUUGAGAUCAGAGUGGAGCAGGCAGAAUUUUCUGAACUCAACCUGGUGGCACAUGCAACUGGCAGCUAUUCAGUGGACAUUGAUGCACUCCGCAAUGGCGCCAAGGUCACAAAGUCCAUCAGGCCAGAUUUUGUCCUGGUUCGUCAGCAUGCCUUCAGCAUGGCAAAGAACGGCGACUUCCGCAACAUUGUCAUUGGACUGCAGUAUGCUGGACUGCCUGGUGUCAACUCCCUGCACUCCGUGUACAACUUUUGUGACAAGCCCUGGGUGUUUUCUCAGCUGACCAGGCUAUAUAAGAAGCUGGGACCAGAUGACUUCCCGCUGAUUGAACAGACCUACUAUCCAAACCAUAAAGAGAUGAUCACAACUCCAAAGUUUCCAGUGGUGGUGAAAAUGGGACAUGCGCACUCCGGCAUGGGAAAGGUGAAGGUGGAUAAUCACUAUGACUUCCAGGACAUUGCUAGUGUGGUGGCUCUGACCAAGACGUAUGCCACAUCUGAGCCUUUCAUUGAUGCUAAAUAUGAUGUGCGUGUUCAAAAGAUUGGCAACAACUACAAAGCCUACAUGAGAACGUCCAUUUCUGGAAACUGGAAAACCAAUACAGGAUCUGCAAUGCUGGAGCAGGUGGCAAUGUCUGACAGGUAUAGACUGUGGGUGGAUUCCUGCUCAGAGCUGUUUGGGGGCCUUGAUAUUUGUGCUGUAGAGGCUCUCCAUGGAAAGGAUGGCAAAGAUUACAUUAUUGAGGUGGUCGGCUGCUCUAUGCCUCUCAUUGGAGAACAUCAGGAUGAAGACCGUGGUCUCAUAGCAGACCUGGUUCUCAGUAAGAUGAACCAGACCAUGGCGAGAACACCAAUUCCAUCUCCAGUUCGGCCGCCUACAGCCCAGACAGCCCAGACAGCUCAGCCCACAAUGCAGCAAGCUGUCUCACCUCAGCCUGCCCAAGCACAGCAAAGACUUCCUGGUGCCCAGCAAGGACCCCCAGCCCAGCAGCGUCCUCCUCCACAAGGUGGGCCUCAACAGCCUCCUCAAAGUUCUCAAGGUGUUCGUCAAGGCCCUCCCUCACAGCAGAGACCACCACCUCAGGGGCAGCCAAUACAAGGCUUAAGUCAACCACCACCCCAGCAGCAGCAGCAGAGAGCUCCAAGCCCUAGCACCCAGCACCCUACAUCUCCAGCCCCAGUACAGCAGCAAAGGCAGCCUAGUCCUGGGGGUGGAGGCCAAGCAGGGCCACCACAACAACGACAGCCAGGACCAGGUGCUCAGCAGCCACAGCAGAAACCAUCAUCUGGUCAAGGAUCACCACAAAGAAGUCAAUCAGGAUCUCCUCAGAUGCAAAGGCAGCAGCCUGCCCCAUCUCAGCAACAGCCACAACAGAGGCCAACUGGUGCAUCAGUGCAGAAACCCAUUGGGGUUCAGCAACAGCAAAGGCCACCACAGCAAAGGUCACAAGGGCAAGGGGCACAGCCACAGCCUCCUCGACAGCCCACACAAGGGGUUCCACAAGCCUCUCAACAGCAGCAACAGAGGGCAUCAUCCCAGGGUCCUCCACCACAGCAACAGGGUAGACCCAUGGCACCCACAACUCAGCAGCCUCGGCCUUCAGCUCAAGGGCAAGGGGGUCCCUUAGGAAUGGGAGGUCCUGGAAGUGUAGGGAACCGCCCUCCUGUACAGCAAAAACCAUUGCCUCCACAGAAGCCCAGCCAGGAACAGAGCCAAGGAAUGGGAUUGCCUUCGCAGCCGCAUCCCCAACUCAACAAAUCCCAGUCUCUUACCAAUGCCUUCAACAUUCCAGAAACCUCGGCGACUCCCCGUUCAAGCCUUAGCCAGGAUGAAGUGAAGGCCGAGACCAUCCGCAGCCUGCGCAAGUCCUUUGCGAGUCUCUUCUCGGAUUGAAAACGGCCACCCUCAACUGACAUCCACGACUGAAAACAGAAAUGUCCUCUGAGCCUCUGUGAAGAGCUACCCCCUCCAUGUGUGGUACUUCGAAUGAAGAAAUGGAAGAUACAAACUUUGUAUAUAACGCACAAACACACAUAUACACAUGAAAAAUGAACACUUCUUUACCAACAUAAUCAAAGAUCCAUGCAUGUUUUGCUUUCUGUCAUUAAAUGUGGACACUUCUCACAAUGACAUUUACCACAAACAAAUCUUGUUUAGUACAUUAUGGAACACUGCCCUCUUUUGGUAAUACAAGGUAACAAAUUAUUUAUGUUUCAGUUUAAUUUUACUUACUAUAGCAGUUUCCCUUAGACUUCAUUUAAAAAAAAAAGUAUUAAAGUAGAGUGUAGAGGCACUACAUAGAAAUCCUAUUGCACCAAAAUUAGUGUUAACAUUUCUUAAGAGAUUAUGGAGAUGUCUAGUGUGUUGGAGUGUUUUAACACAACACGUGAGCACUAUGUCAGCAAAUGCACAUUGCUGAACUAUGUGAGUUACUGUUGCUCUAGUUUAAGUCCAGUGAUGCUGAGCCAUAUUCAUCAUUACUUUCCCUGACAGAGCACUGUGCUUAUUUGCCCCAUUUUUUAUGGCCUUUCAUUGUUGGCUGGGUUUUAUUUUACUGUAUAUAAUGGGAUCUGGCAUUGGUGUGCACUGAUUACAGCAAAUUUACUUUUGGUUAGAGAUGUAAUUCCUACUAUUUAUAGCCUACUAUAAAUUCUCAAGAAUCUCAGCCACAUGAUUGUAUAUGUACUGAGAUCAGGUAUCAAUUGGUUGGACUUUAAAAAUUAAUUGAUCAGAAAUUGGAUAUGACUCGUGUGAAACACAGUCAGUAGGUUAUCAAAAUGUAGAAAAUGGUUACCAACCUUACAAUAAUUAUUAACUGUCCCGUCAAGAUCUGCGUCCUGCCUUGAGCACACUGCUGCUGACAUAGACUGCAUAAAACACACUGAAGAAUAUCCAUGCAAGAAUAUAACAUAAUCGGUGAACCUACCUGAGAGUUUCCCCAAGAACCCAGCAUCUCUACAUAUCCCUCAGACUGGUAGCUAGUGGUCUACCAAACAUAUAGAUAGCACACCAGCACCACGACACUAGUUUGAUGCCGAUGCACACAAACCUCCAAACUGCCCACAGUACUGCUGAGCAUCAAGAAGUGACCCUCAAAAAACAUGCAGUUUCUGUAAUAAAAAUAAAUGACUGAAAUGACUUCCCCUGAAGUAAGGGACUCUAAAUACAUGACAAACUUUAUUUAAUUUUUCUUGCAUAUGCAAGACCGGUCAUUUCCUCCUCUUCCUCCAUGGCCUUCAGUAGAUUUUUUAAUAACUGUUUAGGUUUCUGUUUAUAUUCCAAGUAUUCCGCCCAAAGAGGCUUACUGUUCUAUUCUUUGUUUUCUCAUCCCUGGACAUAUUGUUAUUUAUACAGUUAAACAUCUACUCAUAGGAUUUUUCUUUUAAUCUGUGUAUAAUAUUGAGCUGACAAACAACUCUAGCGGGCUGUAAUAAUAACUGAAUACCUCCUUUGGCAUUUUAGUUAUCUUGCACUCUAACAGCUGAGUUGUUGGGACAACUUGGCCAUUAGUUAAAAAAAAAAUCUUGAUGGACUGAAAGGUCUCCUUUUAUUUCUCAAACAUCUUGUGUUCACUUUAUUAUCUAAAGUUUCCAUAAUUUAGUUAGGACAUCAAAGAAAUGAGAAGUGCUCUUAACCAUGGAUAUCCCCACUGUGGGAAUUGCACCCAGCCAUGCAGUAGUCUAUUCAUGUAUGCAUAUGGCACCUGGUCUUGCAUACCAAUGAAAAUAAAGUUGAGAGCACACAGACAAUCCCGUUCCAAAUCUUAAGGGAUCCUUCAAGUGGAGUUCUUCAAUUCAGUUGCCAUUAGUGCCCCCCAACCUUCUUUACUACGUCUUUGUCAUAGAAAUGUCUUACUUGAUUUUUUGCCACUAUCUCCGAGAGGUUUAGGUAAUGAAGCAAUUUCCACACAUAUGGUGAAGGCUGUGGCUCUGUUGCAGAGCACAUUAUACACUGCUGAAAUAUCUUUUUUUGCCCACUUGGUGGAGCAAAAUUCUAUGCAACAUCCAGUUUAAUGGAAAUUAUCUGUAUGAUACUUUCUGCCUGUGUUCUGGUUAGCACCCCCGUCCUGUUCUGUUACAUAUUCAAAGGUUUCCCUUUUACUCGCCAAAUAUCACAGGCAGUGGUAGAUGUACAUGAACAAGUUUACAGCCAAGCUCUAGCUUCUUCAGGAUUAGAGUAUUGUCUUGUUUUUCUUCUACUCAUUUCUCCUGUUAAGAAUAAUGACAAGUCUGUAAGUGGACAGAAAUCUUUGGGCAAAAUUAAACUGAUGAAUUUAAUUUGGAGUUUGAGAGCAUUUAAAGAUACCACCUUCUGUUCCUAUUUUCACACCAUUUCUAGAAUGUGAAUACGGUUUUACUGUUUGGCUUCAAUAAAUCCUUCUCUGCCUCAUCUGUUUAAGUGAUACUUGCCAUAUAAAACUAACUAAAGAAAUAUAAAAAUACAUCUUCAGAUCAGAAAAAGAGGGAAGGGGAACUUACAAACCCUGAUAUUUUUGAAAGUCUAAUAGAAGGGGUUCAGCAGUUUUCUGGGCUAUUGGAGCUUUUCAUUUAACCCAAACUCCACCAUCCUUGUGUGGCUAAAGCAGUGGCAUCACUUCUUUGCCGAUGGCUUCAGUGCCAUAGGAUUUCUGUGUCACUUUACAUGUAUUUCUCUCAUUCUGUUUUCUCUAAUGUAGUAUAAUGGUUGUUUUCCCAUUUAUUUUGUAGAGGUCCUCACUUUCACUUGUAAAUACAGUCCCUCUUCACCCAUGCAUCCAAUGCGAAAACUUGUGAUAAAAGUGCAAAACUGUGUAGAAGUUGUACUGUAUGCAGUAAAAUCCGAUGAAGUACUGUACAGUUAGUGAGUAUUCACCUAUGAACCCUUUGUUGACCCGUUUUUUCUCUUGAAGUCUCAGUUUUUGUGCCUGUGAUGCUGUCUGUGUGUUCUGGAAUGCCUGCUCUCUUCUCUUUUGUUAAAUCUUUUCAUAAGCUUUUGGAGUCCCUGGUUUAUGCUGUUCUAGAGCAUUUUAGAAGCCACAUUUCAGAUCAGUCUCACAGCAUCUGAGAGAGCUGAGCUGUUGAAUUAAAAAAUAAUAAUAAAUUAAAAAGCUAAGACCUGAAGCUACAAAAAUAGGGUUAAAUCCAUCCAGUCUACAACUCUUCCAUAAAAUCAUUCAACUAUAAAGCUUAAAAUAUAUCAGGAGUGUGCUUUUGCAAACUUAUAUAUCUAGAGAAUAUUUACAUCCACCCUGUAGUGGACUGCUAUUAAUUUCAAGAAUGGUUCCCUUUUUUAUGGAAAAUUCUUUCAACAUAGGUUCCAUUUCCCUACAACCUUAAAAUGGAAAUGAAUGGGCUAUAUUUGCAUUUAGAAACUACGUAGGCAGGAGAGAACUCAACAAUAAUUAAGCAAUCGGGUACUAGCAAGACACAAGACAACCCCCAAAGAAGACAACUGCUCGUUGUCACAUUUUAAUCUUAGUGCUGUGAUUCCAGAGCUCUAAUUUAGUGUCAAGUAGUGAGCUCUUAAAAUAAGUGAAAUAGUAAAAGAUGAGUAGAGCACAUUGACACAGCUCACAGUUUGUUUUUGUUUUAAUUGAUGCCACAACUCCACUGUCUACCAUAAAAUAGAAUUCCAAAAGUUAUGAUAAACUCUCUCUGGAUUUACUAACUUGAUGGAUAUGUAAGCAGGAACCAGGCAAAUAAUACAAAAAGGGACUGGAGUGGAGGUUAACCAUCAUUUUAGUGGCUUCAAGUCCAACUGGCCACAUUGCCUAUAUUAUCACUACAGUAUCAACAAUCAAAUGAUAACGGACUGGGUUUUAGAAAUAAUUUUAAAGCGGCAAAUAGGCAGUGGACCAAACUAGCAGGCAUUUAAACAAACAGAUACAGCUCUCUGAGUGGUGGGAUUUGUUAUCUGAGAUUUUGACUCAGCUCAAGCAACAGCAUCCACUAUUAUUAUUUUUUUUUAUUCUGAGGUAUACAUAAAUGGUGCAAUCCUGACCAAUACCUAUAUACCCUCUGGGAACAAACAUUCAGAAACAUGUAUAUUCCCAGUGCAAUAAAGCAGUAAAAAUGAUGUGCAUUUUUGACUGUUGUGAAAAACGUUUUUUGAAACAUUUACUUUGCUGAUUGAACUCUGAAUGUAGUCGAAGUCUUGUAGUGCAAUAUUAUGUCCUGCAGUUUGGAAUGUUGUGUUUGUUUGUUUGACACCUGUGUAUUCUAAAAAUUAUAUAAAUAUAUAAAUAUAUAUAAACAAGAACUGAAUCCAUCAGCCACUGCAGAGUUACCGUGACCAAGCUGUGUAUCAAGUACUUUCCUGUAAAAACAUAUCUUUAAUGUGAUUGUAGUUGUGACAAUAAAUAUGGAAAUCAAUUUCUGUGCUAUAAGAUUCAUUCAGAAAUUAUUACAAUAAAUCAAUUAUUAAGCUA